AUGUUGGAAGUUCAUCGCGAGUAUGGAGCGUGGAAUCAUGUCUCAGCUAAUGCAUCUCUCUCGGACUCUUUGCACCUCUCGAUUCUUCUAUUCUUUUUCUCGAAGCUGGCAAGUUUAGGAUUGCGAGCCUCUUUCUUUCUCGCCUUCAAAAAAAAUAUAUAUUUACACGCAUGUUUCCUUCUGCAUGUACGAGGAGGAAAUUGGCAACGAUCAAGGCAAAGAAGCUGCUUGUCAUCCGUUUUUGUUUACUCCUAUCGCCGUUAUGUUGGUGCCUCUUCCCACACGCAGUGGCCCUCAUUUUUUCCCCCUUUCUUUGCGUCGGUUCGACUCACGAAAUGUAGAAGCAAAAGAAAGCAGGUUGGCUUGCGUGAGCUUCUGUUGUGUCGAACGCAUUCAUAUGUAGUUAUCUGA